AUGAAUAAGAUACUUGAAAAUAUUGAAGACCAAAGUGAAGACCCAUUUGCUAGCCUUUCCUCGGGUUAUGUAGAUAUUCCUGAGGUAACAAAUCUGGGGCUUUCUGAUUUGACUUUUGACGGAUUAUUACACGAACCUUUGAAAGUGGUUGAAGAUGGAGGAGCAGCUGGUUGCGGCGGUAAGCUAUGGCCAGCUGGUGAACUAUUGUCAAGAUAUAUGAUAAGAAGAGGGGUGGAUGGAUACAAAAAUAUUGUUGAACUUGGGAGUGGAACCGGUCUAGUGGGGUUAGUAACACUCUGUCUUGGUUUGAUAUAA